ACUGGCACCAACACCUCUUUCAGACACUCCUAAAGCCACCAUCAUUUUUGCGGAGGAUUUAAAGCCAGACAGAAGACAAACAUUUUACACAUCUUCCCCGCAUAAAUCAAACUGUACGGACGUGGAUUGUUAGCACACUGACCUUGAGAUGCAGAGUAGACACAGUUCUACUACCGUCCUCUCUGAGACCAUCAAACCAGGGAAGAAAAUCAAAUCCAGCAAGAAUGAACAGAUUAAUAAAGAGAGACAUUGUGAAUAUUUGCCUGGUAUCCCAGAGCCAGCGAGCAGAGUGGAGUUAAUGCAGUACUGGAUAGAUUUGACCUUGGAUAAGAAAACUGCCAAUAAGCUGCUCUGGAUUUCUGAUGACUGCUCUAAGGUGGUCCGUAGAACUAAGGAGGUCUGUCCUGUUCUUGAUGGACCAGAGAGAUAUGAAUACUCUCCACAGGUGCUGUGCAAAGAGAGUAUUUGGAACAGCAGGGCUUACUGGGAGGUUGAGCACUCAGGGUGGGUGGUAAUUGGAGCCACCUACGAAGAAGCAGCAAGGAAGGCUGAUACCAGACCAAGUGGAAUUGGGGAAAAUGAUGAAUCCUGGGGUCUGUGUUGGUCAGGAGUGCGUUACGAGAUCUGGUACAACUGCGCCCACCAAGAUAUCAAUGACGUCCCAUUUUGCCCCACUAUCGGCGUAUAUAUCGACCAGCCUGCAGGGAUUAUAAACUUUUACACCGUUACUGGUGAGGGGGCUGAGAGGGAGGUUGAGUUGCUGCAUAAAAUUCAAACUAAUAUUGAGAAAAAAAUUCUUCCAGGGUUUUGGCUGGGAAUUCAAUCUUCCUGCACCUUACAGAGAAAAACAGAAUAGGAUGAAUGAAUUCUGUGGAAUGCAUUUGAAUAUGUUUUUGUAUUUUCUGUUGGUUGAAAGCUUUUCYACACUAUAACAAUUAAAGCUAAAUAUGCUACUCGUUAUUAAUUUAAAAGUUAAUURAAUCUCUGUAGCUCUAGUGUUUCAUGACCCACAGUGUAAUUUAGGAAGCACUGGAAAAAUCUUCUGAAGCGGAAAUCAAGUUUUGAUCGUAACACACAAGCUCAUCAGAGCUGAGCCAAAACCUAAGGGAGUUACUGCUGUCCUAAAACAAAUGUAUGUAAAAUAACCACGUUGUUCCAAACUGACAGAAAUAUAAAGGUGUAUACAGUUGUUAUUCCAUUAUGAAAUGUUGGACUGAAGUAGUUUUAAAAUAAGAACUGUUCACUAUGGUCUUGACUUCACUCAAACUAACCAUUAAAUCAGCUAAAUUAAACUUAUUUCUUCAACCUGAGGUCAUUCAAAGUCCUCUACUAAAGCUCUUUAUAGUUAUAGUAGACUGGCAUUUUAAUUGUUUUUGACCUUUCCUUAGGACCCCACUUCAAAGAAAUCUCAACUAUUACAUUAAGGGGUCUCUUUUUGGCAUGGGAGAUGCUCCAGGUUGAAGAGAAGAGGGCCUCUGUCACUCUUAAUGUAAAGUAUAAGCUUUGCGGGGGCAAAAAAGGGAGCUUAACAGUAAACACAAAACUCUGACCCCCUGCAGGCACAGUACAUCACGUAAUGUCCUUCAGCGAGUGCUAAGUCUAGCCMCAGUCAACGACCACACAAGUCACACCAGUAUUUCAAACACUUUAACUGCUGUCAGUUGUCCCAGUACAUUCUGAACAAUGGCAGUCACAUUUGGCUGWGACAGCUCUGAAACACAUGUUGAUCCUGGGGAAUCAUAUCCUAAACUCUUCCAAAAAGAGACUCGAAAUGUAAUGAUCUGUAUCAAAUCAGGGUUUUUUUUUGUUUGUUUUUGUAAUAAAUAUCUUCUUCAUAUUGUGUUUUGUCUGACCUUUCCAUAAUUUUUAUAUAAAAUGCUUGCAUAAUUAUGUAACUAUUUUCUGUGAAAAACAUGGCAUCUGGUUGAUUUUUUUUUUUGGAUUGGUUUUAAUUAAUUAAGAUUUAUUUCACCAAAAAAAUCUGACUAAGUUUUAAAACUCUUUUAUGUGAGGAUCUAAUCGGAGCAGCRACGAUUCAAGGAGUCUAACAUAUUUACAACAUGUAACAAGUUAGUGGUAUUAUAACACAAUAAAAAUUUAUUCAUCAUUAAAAUA